CUCAUCGAAGUGCACAUCCACAGAAGUCGCCAUGGACAAUUUGCUAUCACCUAUCCAGGACGCUUUGGAAGGCCAAAUAGACUACCAAGGCCAGCACAUGGCAGAACUUCUUUCCACAGUCCUUCUCAUCAUCUCAGGUGCUAUUGCUUUCCUUGUGGGAUACAUUCAGCAAGACAUUCAUCUAACCCUCUGGGUUGGACUCGCGGGUACCGCAACAACCGGCUUGGUGGUGAUCCCUCCUUGGCCAAUGUACAACAAGAGGCCCGAAAAAUGGCUGGCACCGACGUCGGCGGGUAUGGGAGUUGCAGGGGUCAUGGUAGAUGGUGUAAAGGUUGCAUGAGAUUUAGCUGUGGACUUUACAAUUCAUUCUGAGCCUUAUUCGAUCACGGUUGUCCGCAUCCCUCAGGAACAGCCCAGAUCUGUAUGAAUAUUUCAAAAGUCACUGCUAGGAAUGCAAAAGAAACCCGCUCAACGCC